ACUGCAAUUCAGCCAUUAACAAUGAAAUUAUGUCUCAUGGCGCGCACCAAGCAGACCGCCCGCAAAGCCACCACUGUGCAGGCCCCCAGGAAGCCCGUGGCCACCAAAGCCCCAGGCAAGAAGUGGCCGCCUACAGGAGGGAUCAAGAAGCCUCACCGCUACCGGCCUGGCACCCUGGCGCUGCGCGAAAUCAGAAAGUACCAGAAGUCCACGGAGCUGCUCCUGCACAAGCUGCCCUUCCAGCGCCUGGUGCGCGACAUCGCCCAGCUCAUCAGCCUGGACCUGCGCUUCCAGAGCGCGGCCAUUGGCGCCCUGCAGGAGGCCAGCGAGGCCUACCUGGUCCGCCUCUUUGAAGACACCAACCUGUGUGCCAUCCAUGCCAGGCGUGUCACCAUUAUGCCCAGAGACAUGCAGCUGGCCCUUCGCCUCCACAGAGAAGGUCGUUAG